CCAAACAAGAUUGACAUUUUAGUCAAAUGAAUUGCUUUGAUACAGAACUUGUGCUCAUAAUUCAAACACGAAGGACUUUUUUGGGGAACAAACCCCGUGAUAAUGUCACCUGUCUAAUAUAUCUAAACGUUACGGAUUUCCACAUGGACUGAACCCUCCAGCCUCCCCCAGCCUCUCCGCUCGCAGCCCGGGCUGAAGGAGGGAAGGAGGGGAGGAGGGGGGGCAGUAUGGGGAGGUGUGACUUCCAGCCAACCCGUCGACAUCUCCGGAGUUUGGAGAUCGGUAAAAGAUGAAGAGCUGCUCUCCUCUGUUGAGCGUGGGAGAAGGAAUUAAAGACCCACAUGAAAUCACGGAAACACGGACAAUCUACAGAUCAGCCAUGAAAUGUGUGUCCUUCAAUGUGCGUUAAACUUUCAUCCAAACCCUGACUGCGAGCAUCCCGUGUUGACCACAGUGGAUCUGCUGACACUGGACUCUUUGCUCACUCCUGACAUCCAGUGUCAGCAGCCGGUGCUUUCACGAUGAUCAACCCUCAGAUAUACCUCCACUACAACUACACAGGGAAGCUGGACCACCGGCCCAGUGUGGGCACAAGCCCCGGAACUGUGGACAUCAAAACCAUCGUGUUCCUUAUCAUAUGCAGCUUCAUCGUCCUGGAGAACCUCACCGUGCUGGUGGCCAUAUGGAGAAACCACAGGUUCCACAACCGCAUGUACUAUUUCAUCGGCAACUUGGCACUGUGCGACCUGCUGGCUGGAGUCGCUUACCUGGUCAACUUGCUCCUGUCUGGAGAGAAGACCCUGCAGCUCUCACCUGCCCUCUGGUUUGUCAGAGAGGGAAGCAUGUUUGUAGCACUUGGUGCCUCCAUUUUCAGUCUCCUAGCCAUUGCCAUAGAGAGACACCUGACAAUGAUCAAAAUGAGGCCUUAUGAUGCCAACAAGAACUACAGAGUGUUUCUGCUCAUCGGGACAUGCUGGCUGAUUGCCAUAUCCCUUGGAGCUUUGCCUAUCCUCGGCUGGAACUGCCUGGACAACCUCCCUGAUUGCUCCACAGUCCUCCCGCUCUACACCAAGAAAUAUGUAGCUUUCUGUAUCAUAGUUUUCAUGGUUUUGCUCUUAGCCAUGUCAGUCCUUUAUGCCCGUAUCUACAUCCUGGUUAAGUCCAGCAGCCGGAAGGUGAGCAAGCACAGAAACUCUGAGCAUGCAAUGUCACUGCUGCGCACUGUCAUCAUUGUAGUUGGGGUCUUUAUUGCCUGCUGGACGCCCAUCUUUGUCCUGCUCCUGGUGGAUGUGGCGUGUGAGCAACGUUGCCCCAUCCUCUACAAGGCUGACUGGUUCAUCGCGGUGGCUGUGCUCAACUCAGCCAUGAACCCAGUCAUUUACACUCUGGCCAGCCGCGAGAUGAGACGAGCCUUCCUGGGUCUGGUGUGCGGCAUUUGCUGUAGGGGUAAUGCUUCCAUCGGUGGCAGUGGGAACAAGCUGGAGCCCAGCCGCAGCAGGAGCAAGUCGUGGAGCAGCCAGAACAACCCCAACCAGAGCCAGCGGAGCUCCAGGCAGGCGGAGUUAGACAAGGAGCAGGAGAAAGGCACAACCCACGGCGAGGUCUCAGUUGUGGCAGGAGGGGCUGCUCAGGCUCAGGCCCUUGACAAUGACAGAAAAGCCUGAAAGAAGGGAGGAAGAUACCUACAGUAGGAAGGUGAGGGCGGUCCUGAUCUAUGAACAGAAAUCAAGAAAGAAAGUCAGCUGUGACUUAUUUAGAAUGAAAGACUUCUUGAUUUGAAUGUAGGCUUGAGGCAGAGGCUGCAGGGCAGUGUUUUCCAGUUUGUGACUGAUAUAUCUGCAACAUCCAUAAUUGGGAGGUUAAUUAAAAUGUCCACAGUUGGCAUUGGAGUGAUGAAUAUUUAAGGCCAAUUGACCAUUUUCAAUGACACGCUCAAUAUUACCUCUUGUGUUGAGUUCAGGUCAUAUUUCAUCACUGUCCAGUUGGAACCAUGUAGCUCCAAAUUUGGUCAUGUAAAUUAAGUUCAAUGGAGGAUAAAAAACUAUUUAAAAACAUGUUGAUGUUGAGAUGUGGAGGUAUGUGGUUUUCGAAGGAAGAGACGAUUUGCGAAUGAAAGGUGCUCUUACCCUUGAAAGAAAAAAAAAAAACAUUCACCUUUGUGGUUACUGAGGUGGACAUCUGAGUCAAAUAAGAGGUGAAUAAUUACGCAACUAAAGUGCAAUUAUAGUCCUGCAAAACAAUGUAAUGAAGACUGAUUGUAGACAAUCACUAAUGUAAUUACAAACAAUGUAAAUUAUUUAUUAUUCUAUACAUAGUCAAAUCUCUUCUUUUGUAUUUACUCAGUAAUACUACGGUAUAAUUUACUGUAAUGAAAACUGCAUUAUAAAUUGUAUUUGAGCUAAAAACAUAAUAACACAAACUUUUACUAUAUCAGUAGCAUCACGUUGAACCUGCAUCAGUUAUUGCUGUACAAAGAACUAAUGUUGCUGAUGUAGUUUGUGCAACAUCAGCAGUUUUAAGUGAGACUAGGGCUCCAUCUACUGGUUAGUAAUGGUAGAUGACGUCCUCCAUCCUGACUUGCUGCAUGUUCACUACACAAGCUCUUUGCUCUUAAUUUUACUACCAAAUUGAAACUGUGUUUUUCUUGUUUCAAAUGUUGAUUGUUUCAAGAGGUGGAAACAUGUUGUAUUAACUUAAAAGCAUGAAGCCAGUGAACUGAAGGAAUUGGCAUGUGGAUGCAGCAUGUGAAAUGUGCAGCUAUUUAGAAGAUGAAAUAUAUUAGCUUUUAUACAAAGUAAGAACAAAAAUAAACAAUAAAGCAUUUAAGGAUGACUCACCUGGAUCACCAGUAGAGAGCGCAGCUCUGCCUUGUUACGUGCAGUGUCCUCCUCGUUCCUUUGUGAAAAUAACUUCACCCGCAUUACAAAUAAAAAGAUGGCGUCUAUCCAUGCAGGUAGUUUUCUUUUUUGCAUUUCCAGGUUUAAGGAAAUGUAAGAUUUCUGCAAUGCAGUGGAUUUGAAAUCGUUUGUGUUGCUCAAAGCAAAAUAGCAUUGAAAUAAUCAGUAGAAACAUCUCUUUACUGAAACAACAUUCCAAUUGCUCUGGGUUAUCCAAAGACCUCACAGCAAACCAUUUUCAUGUCAUGAUGUUCUGUUUUUUGAAGGACAAGGACACUAAUUUUGGAUAUUUUCUAAAUCUAAAAAUCUGGACUAAAAUAAACUGAAAAUGUGAAUAGCAAUAUGUCUUUCCUUUUUUUUUGACAAUUUGGUUAAAUGGACCCUUCAAAAUUUUAGAGGUUAUUGUGACUGCAACCGACUAAAUGCUGCAUCUACCAUAAACUAAAAGGUAUUAUUAUUAUUAUUAUUAUUACAGCAGAGGAAACAACUGAGAUUCUACACAUUCACGGUUUUAUUGCCAACAGUCAUACAGAAUAAUGAUAAACCCAUACAACCAAAAGAUUAAAUCUGUAAACAUCA